AAUAAUACAGAUAUUUACACGCGUGUUACAGUGGUUGGUAGUGUGAGUGCAACAUUUUAAGACCCCAGAUGUUUCUCUCUGGUAAAGUUUAGUGGCUUCCUGCAGUUAAACUAAAACUAAACUGUCUAUGAGUUGUCUAAUAAAUUACCACUUCGCCUUUUCCUCCACAGCCGGUCAUCAGUGUGUUAGCUACCUAGCUAGCAGCUAGCCUCAGCAGCUGGUAGCUAUGGCUGCAGUUAUUCUGAGUUUCCCAACUCUGCAGGGUCUGAGGAUAUUUACACAAAAACUGUCAUGGACGAAAAGAGGCGUGAGGCUCGCUUCAGGAGGGGUGGGAAGGAUAGAGAAGGUGCUGAUUGCCAAUCGAGGAGAGAUUGCAUGUCGUGUGAUGCGCACGGCCAAGAAGAUGGGCGUCCGCUCUGUGGCUGUGUACAGCGAUGCUGACAGACACUCCAUGCAUGUGGCCAUGGCAGAUGAAGCCUACCGCAUUGGCCCUCCACCCUCCCAGCAGAGUUACCUCUCAAUGGAAAAAGUUUUGGAAGUGGCCAAGAAGUCUGGCUCACAUGCGGUCCACCCGGGUUAUGGCUUUCUGUCAGAAAACACAGAGUUUGCAGAGGCGUGUAAACAGGAGGGCAUCAUCUUCAUUGGGCCACCUUCCUCUGCUAUCCGGGACAUGGGCAUUAAAAGCACAUCCAAACACAUCAUGUCAGCUGCUGGAGUGCCAAUCAUUGGUGGUUACCAUGGAGAGGACCAAUCAGAUGAGAGGCUGCAAGCAGAAGCUGCCCGGAUAGGAUACCCUGUGAUGAUUAAGGCAGUCCGUGGGGGAGGAGGGAAGGGGAUGCGUAUUGCACGGUCAGACUCAGACUUCUUGGAGCAGUUGGAGUCAGCUAGACGAGAAGCGAGGAAAUCCUUCAACGAUGAUGUCAUGCUGGUUGAGAAGUUUGUAGAGGAUCCCAGACAUGUGGAGGUUCAGGUGUUCGGGGACAUGCACGGUAACGCUGUCUAUCUGUUUGAGAGAGACUGCAGUGUCCAAAGGAGACAUCAGAAGAUCAUAGAGGAAGCACCAGGGCCUGGUAUCAGUCCUGAGGUGCGGAGGAAACUUGGAGAGGCAGCAGUUCGAGCAGCCAAGGCCGUCAACUAUGUAGGAGCAGGUACGGUGGAGUUCAUAAUGGACGCCCAGCAUAAUUUUUACUUCAUGGAGAUGAACACCAGGCUGCAGGUGGAGCAUCCUGUCUCUGAGAUGGUCACUGGGACUGACCUGGUGGAGUGGCAGCUCAGGGUGGCAGCAGGGGAGCGUCUGCCUCUUCUCCAGGAUGACAUCAUUUUACGGGGACACUCUUUUGAGGCUCGCAUCUACGCCGAGGACCCAAACAACGACUUCCUUCCAGGGGCAGGGCCUCUGCUGCAUCUCUCCACCCCCUCAGCAGACCAACACACACGCAUAGAGACUGGAGUCAGGGAAGGGGACGAGGUGUCAGCACAUUACGACCCAAUGAUUGCCAAGCUCGUGGUGUGGGGAGAAGACCGAUCUGCUGCCUUAAAGAAGCUGCGGUACUGCUUACAACAGUACAAUAUUGUGGGACUGAACACUAACAUUAACUUUUUACUGAGUCUUUCGGGCCACCCAGAGUUUGAGGCUGGAAAUGUGACCACCAGCUUCAUCCCUCAGCACUAUGCAGACCUCUUCCCAGCUCCGAGGGCUCCUUCUGGGGAGACCAUCUGCCAGGCGGCCCUGGGGCUGGUGCUGCAGGAGAGGAAAAGCACACAGGAGUUCACACAGACCUCCACUGACCCCUUCUCCCCAUUUGGCUCCAGCAGUGGCUGGAGAAGCAACAUUAAGUUUAACAGAAACAUGACACUACAGCUGGGAGACAAAAAAGUUGACGUGGUCGUCGUGUACAACAAAGAUGGAAGCUAUACAAUGCAGAUUGGCAAGGAGGAGUACCAUGUGACUGGGGAGGUGGAGGUGGAAGGUGGAGCGUCAUUCCUGCACUGUUCUGUCAAUGGCAUGAAGUCUCGUCCCAAACUGGUGAUCCUGGACAACACAGUUCACCUGUUCUCCACAGAGGGAAGCUCCCAGGUGUCUGUGCCAGUGCCAAAAUAUCUGGCUGGUGUGAGCGGCUCUGGGGCUCAGGGCGGAGCUGUGGCCCCCAUGACUGGAACCAUAGAGAAGGUGAGUUUGGUUGUAUUAACACAACACAUGGAUUAUAAUUGGCAGUGAAUUUAGUUUUUGUCA